AUGCAACCCAUUCCAAAUCGGUUAGGACUUGGUCUGCGUCCACCUUUGCCAUCAUACGGCCAGGGGCCCUCAAUGUCGGUUCUCGCACAGCAGCAACAAAUGCUUCACCAGGGCUUUGUCCCUCCUCAAGCACAGAAGCUGACAUCCCUGUUCGUUGGCUCAAUAUCUGGCGGUGUCACCGAUAGCUUUCUAAACAGACUUCUUGUGGCGUGUGGCCCCGUCAAGUCCUUCAAGCGCCUCAUCACCCCAGCGAACAAGCCGCAGGGUUUCGGAUUUGCUGAGUUCGAAGAUCCUGACUCUGCAUUACGAUGCCUUGCUCUUUUGCAGGGUGUUGAGUUACCGGCACUCGAGGAUGGGUGCGCGAACAAGAAAUUGCUGAUCAAAGCCGAUGAAAAGACGAAGCUUUUUCUCGAUGCCUACUCUGCACAAAAAAUGAAAACCGAUGCUGAUGAGAUAAUGUUACAACAAGCAAAAAUGAAGGUUGAUGAAUUAGUCGCCGAGAUCAAUCAGCAAUCACAAGAAGCAGCCAAUAGCGGUCUUCUCGACAAAGAAAAAUAUGUCAUCCCACCACAUCUACACGAUCUUCAGGAAGCCGAUCUUCCUGAGACGCAACGUGGUCUUGUCAUAUCUGAAAUCGCCCAAUUUCGUGAACGAGCCGCAAAGCGGGAGCGGGAAAAGUUGCGUGACGUUCGUGACGCCAUGCCUCAGCUUGCACCUACCCCAAGCGGGCCGAAAGUCCGUGAGUGGGGAAAGCCACAAACCCCACAGUCACCACAGACUGUUCCAGGUAAAUCUGCUCCUCGCGGAAAGGAUGCGCAGGGAUACAACAAACCUGUGGGGUUCGUAAAAGCCGAGGAUGGCGCCGCUGCAAUGGGGUCUGAUGAUCGCAGUAUGCCAGGCAAGAGCGGAAAGACAGAUGAGGAACUCGAAAAGGACCGCAAGGAAGCCAGACGGCGAGACGAGGAGGUUUCCUUCCGGGACCGCGAACGUCGCUACGAGCCCCGAGAGCGCACCCGUAUAGCAGCUCUAGAGCGUUCGAUAGCCCGUCAGACCGCAAUUAAAGAGGCAGAAGAGCGAGAUCGUGUGGAGAUGCAAGCUCGUCUGGAUGUUUGGGAUGAUGAUGAAAGUGAUGAAAUGUUUUACGUCGACAGAACGCGGUGGAGACAGACUCGUUCCCGUAGGCUUGCUGCAGAGGAAGCAACAGAUGCCGAGUCCCGCAUUUAUGAAGAACGUGAGACAGAGAAUCUUCGUGUCGAGUCUGAGAAAUUCCUCGCACGCCAGAUGGAGGACAUGCAAGCUCUCGCCGACGAGCAGCGGAAAGCAGGCAUGCUUCUUGAUGACGGUGCGCCAGUCAAGCUUAGCGUGUCACUGAACCCCCCGCCUGUCAAGGCAGAACCUAUUCCCAAGGACACGAAAUCGACUGUGUUUGGGCAGGAAGAGGAGGAGGAAGAGGGCAUCAAGAAGCGGAAGGGCGAGAAGGCCAAAGAACGCCUCCAGAUGAUUAAAGAAUCUGUACCCCACAAUAGGGAGGCACUGUUCAAGGCGAAGGUCAGGUGGGAUGGUGUUUCAGAUCCCAUGAUUGACCGCAAGCUGGAGCCACUGAUACGACGUCAAAUGGUAAACUAUCUCGGUGAACUAGAGGAUGACGAUCUCGUCAUGUUUGUUGUGGAGCACCUUAAGGAUCACAAGGGACCUCAGAAACUUAUCGAAGGGCUGGAGCCGGUUUUGGAAGAAGAGGCACAAGAAUUCACGAUCAGCAUCUGGAGACAAAUAAUUUUCGAGAGCAUGGCAUACGGCGAAGGCCUGCACACGGAAAAGCUGAUGGUCGAUUGA